AUGUCACAUGUCACGUUGACAGCGAUGUAAACAAACCAAUUUCAUGUGGAAUCUCACAAUACUCAUAAAAAAAUGCAGCCAGAGUUACCUAAAAUAUACUGGUAUUUAGCUUUGACUCGAAUAAUCUUAGUUUUAAUUCCACAAAUCGGUUACAUUCACCCAGAUGAGUAUUUCCAAUCCAUCGAAGUGCAAGCAGGCAGAGUUUUUGCCGUUGAACAUAAUACACCAUGGGAGUUUAAUGCCACUUUUCCAGUUCGUAGUAUAGCAAUACCUCAUUUUACAAUUGGCUUGGUUUAUAAGUUAGCAAAUAUUUUCGAAUACUUUUUUAAGAGUUAUUUAACAUUUUCGUUAAUUACACCAUAUUUGAUAGUUGUUGCUUCUCGUCUUUUAAUGUGCGCGUUAUCGUUUAUAGUUGACUUUACGUUGUAUAAGAUCUGUACGAAUAACAAUGAAAAAUACAAAAGCAAACUCGUAAUAUUGGCUAGUUCAUAUGUUAUGAUUGUGUAUGGUACUCGUACUUUUUCGAAUACUGUCGAAUUGGUAUUGUUCGCAUUGUUACAGUAUUAUGUUUGUGAGAGUUUAACCUUUUCAAAUACUCUAAUCAAAAAACGGGAAUACUUGAAUUAUAGAUAUGAGAUUAGUAGAUCUAUUGUUGAAAAAGUGAAGUUCCAUAAACUGAGAUUAUUUUUAACUUCGGAUUCGUUACGUAAUUGUUUUCAAAUAAGCACUAUAACUGUAAUGGGAUUUUUUAAUAGGCCAACAUUUCUUGCAUUUGCACUAUUUCCGGUGUUUUUCUGGCUAUAUAGGGGUAUGGGUAACAAAUUUACACCUCCAAUGAAUUACCAUUUAAGGAUAUUAGGCCUAAUCGUGUGCUCUAUUCCGAGUUUAUUAUUUAAUAUUUUAUGCGAUUCUUUUUAUUAUGGUUACUUAACGUGGGGUGAAAUUGGAGUUUUACAUGUCACGAUUAAUAACUUCGUUUUCACACCACUAAACUUUGUAAAAUAUAAUAUAGAUGUCAGCAAUUUGGCUAAACAUGGGUUACAUCCACGAUUUCUACACAUUAUUGUAAAUAUGCCGCUACUUUUUAAUAUUUUGGCUGUAUUUACCUUUGUUGGAUUUUGUCAAGCAACCUACAGUUUUGUAAGAGGCAGACACCAGUUGUUACCCACUGUAAGGAGUAUAAAAGGUCUUAUGAUGUUAUCUUACAUCGCACCGUUAGGAAUUUUAUCGGUUUUUCCUCAUCAAGAACCACGAUUUUUGAUCCCACUUAUUAUUCCAUUAGUUUAUCUUCACAGCGCUGAUAUUUUACCAGAUAAAGAUAAUAUUCUGAUUAAAUUAGAACACACGGUACCUCGAAAAACAAAAACUACUGUGAAAAAAGAUUCGAAUGUUUAUAUGAAAUUAUGGUUAGUGAUUAAUAUAAUUCUUGUGAUAUUUUAUGGAUUUUUGCACCAAGGAGGUGUAUAUCAAGUAACUAAUUAUCUGUCCAAAGAUAUGAGGACUGAAUCUCUGAAAACUGAAUACUAUAUAGUAACCAGUCAUGUUUAUUCACUUCCCGAAAGUUUGUUUCUACAAAAAUCAAGUAACAAAUUACAUCACACAAAAACUAGUAAAUAUGCGGUCAAUAAGAGGUAUUUUCUGCAUGAAGAGGGAUCUUCAGAUUUAGAUAUACUUGUCAGUAAUAUUCAGAAAAUGUCAAAAAGAAUAGAAGAUUACAAACAUGUCCACAAAAAUAAGCGAAAGUAUAAAUUAUUUCUAGUAAUUCCAAGUAGUUUGGAAGAUCAAUUAAAUUCUUUAAUGAGUAAAGAUGCUCAUUUUAAGAAAAUUAAGUCAUUCUAUCCUCAUAUCAGCACAGAAGCUUUUCCUAAUCUAGCUCAAGAUAUAACUUAUUUAUAUACUAAUUUUAAAUUCGACGAUAUGUAUACUAACAUUCUAUACUCCAUAACUAAGAUGAUGUCUUCAUUUGGUCUUAAUUUGUACAUGAUAGAAAAAGCACCAUAAUUUAAUUAAUUAAAUUAAUUAAAGUAGUUGUUUUAUAAUGUGGGACUUAAGAAGUAUUAAUUAAAGAUUUUUGUGUGUAUAUAUAGAUUUCGUUUCAAAUGUUUUGGCUUCCGUCGAUAUAUUAUUUCUGAAGACGUUUCUAAAUCGUUCUUUCAGGUUUAUAAUCAAGCAGUUGUGUAGCACUUAUUUCAAUAAAUAAGUGUUGUGAUUUUAAAUCGACCAGAAGGUUUGAAACAAAUUGUAUGUAGGUGUAAAUAACAACUUUAUACUUUUUUAUUACAUACAUAUCAUUUCAUGGCUAAUAAAGCCCUCUUCCGAGAACGUGUGAAAAGGGCCAUUUUGAUUAUUGUUGUGUGAAAAUAAGUGUCAGGAGCAUUUUUUAUCAUGAAACGUAUUUUUGAAAUGAUUCGAAGCAUUUUUAGUUUGGACAAUUGAUUUAACUAAUUUCUGGUGGAAUCAAACCUAAAAUACUUCCGCCCAUUCGAGUAUUUUGACUGCUUUUGCUGAAUAAAUAAAACAUAGAUAUUUUAGCUAUUUAAUAAACUUGUCUAGCGACGAAGUAAAUUAGGUUUGAACGCAGUUCUGUUUACUGUAAAAAUUAAAAAAUCGCACUGAAAGUUUGUCCAAACAAAUGAUUAAAUCAAGAUAAAAUUGUUAAGAUAUCUAGAUAAAUAUCAUCAGUAUUUUAGUAAUAUCUGCUCACAUUGUUAUCAAAAGAUUUUGACACAAACAAAGUAGUUUGAUUACUAGUGGGGUUAUCAGGUGAAAAGUUAAUUAAUUUUCAUGUAUAAUUCUACAAAGACAAUAAAAAAGACGUCCUUGUAAAAAAGCUAUUAAACUGUUGGUUCACAACAUCAAAGCAUAAAUUUAAUUUUGUUGAAAAAUUAAUUUUUUUACCGAGUUGGCAGAAAUAAAUUGCACUGUUUGUGGAUUUUCUAUGCAAACUUAAAGGUAGCUGUUUAAAUCGAAAAGAAACGUCGUAAAAUAACUAAGAUAAACACAAAUAUGAGUUAAAUUUCUCGUAUUCUGCGUGCAAUAUUUUAAUUCGUGGUCCUCACAGAUUGCCCAUAACACUUUUAUUCGAAAUUCAGUGUCAUAAAACAAAAUGUACAAUUUAUAGGUUGUAAAUUUAGUUUUUGAAAUAAAUAUUUUAAAAUGGUUUAA